AUGACUAAUAUUGCCGAGCAACUUCAACAAGCAGUGAACAAAGGACUUUCACAUAAAGAACUUAUUGACAAAUUUAAAUCAAUUCUUGAUGAAAUCAUUAAAGAUCCUAAACAACCUCAAACAAUAGAUAAUAUUAAAAAAUUUCUUGAUGCUGUUGUUGAUGAUAAAAUUGUUCUUGUUGCAUCACGUCAAUUAUUAACAGAUUUAUGUACAUCAUAUUUAAAUCAUUUACCAUCUGAACAAGCAAAAGAAGUUGCUUUAUAUGCACUUGAACGUAUUGCUGCUCGUGCAAUAUCAUUUGAAGAUCAAGUUGGUCAUUAUCGAAAUUUUCUCGCUGAUAUUUAUGAACGUGAAGAAAAUUGGCGUGAAGCAGCUAAAAUUCUUUGUGGUGCACCAUUAGAAUCAGCUCAAAAACCAUUAUCUUCUGAUUAUAAAUUAAAAACAUAUUUACGUAUUGCUCGACUUUAUCUUGAAGAUGACGAUUCAGUACAAGCAGAAAUUUUUAUUAAUCGUGCAUCUCUCUUACAAAAUGAUACCAAAGAUGAAGAAUUACAAAUUCUCUAUCGAGCAUGUUAUGCUCGUAUUCUUGAUUAUAAACGAAAAUUUGUCGAAGCUGCACAACGUUACAAUGAAUUAUCACUUAAAUCUGUUGUUAGUAGUGAAGAACGUAUGAGAGCUUUAGAUAAUGCAUUGAUUUGUGCUAUUUUGGCACCGGCUGGUCCUCAUCGAUCAAGAAUGUUAGGAACAUUAUUUAAAGAUGAACGAUCACAACGAUCACCUGCUUAUUCAAUGUUAAAUAAAAUGUAUUUAGAUCGAAUUAUAAGUCCACAUGAUGCAAAACAAUUUGAAAGUCUUUUAGCUGACCAUCAAAAAGCAACUACAGCUGAUGGUUAUACAAUCUUACAACGAGCAGUUAUCGAACAUAAUCUUGUUGCAGUUAGUAAAAUAUAUACAAAUAUAACAUUUUCUGAAUUAGGUGGUCUUCUUGGUAUUCCAAGCGAAAAAUCAGAAAAAAUUGCAUCACAAAUGAUAUCAGAAGGGCGUUUGAGCGGAUUUGUUGAUCAAAUUGAAUCUGUUCUUCAUUUUCAAGCUAGUGAACAACUUGCUCAAUGGGAUCGUCGUAUUGAAUCAUUUUGUGUUCAAGUUAAUCAAGUCUUGGAUAAAAUUCAAGCGGUUCAUCCUGAUUGGUGUCAAAAAACAAUGGCAUUAGUCGAAACAAAAAUAAAUGCAGCAACACACGAUGAUAAUGAUACAACGAUGACUGAAGCACAGACAACAAAUGUUAAAUCAAUGGAUGUUUCUUAA